AUGUUUUUUAAUAGAGCAGAACCAGUAAGCUCAAUGCAUCCAAUUGAAAAACUCCCCACGGGAGAUGCGAAAUUUUUGGGAUCAAUUGUUUAUCCAGCUGCCUACCUGCCUCGUUUCAUUUAUUUUCGCAGGACCUCUCCGGGCCAUGAAAGGUUAAUUUUACAAAAGUUUGACCUUUGUCCCCGCAGUGGUUUCGAAAAUAUUUCCAACGUAGCCGUAGUCAACAAGACUGAUGCCGCCGCCACGGUUUCCUUACAAAACUCAAUGCUGCCUAACGAUAAGAAUGAUUUCCUGGUUUGCUGCUUCCAGAAAGCUGCUAUAUCGGUGGUAAAAGAUCCGGUAGGCCUGAUUGCGGAUGGUGGAAACUUUAGACCUGACAGUCACCCAAGUUUUCCAUGGGCUAUGAGACGUUCGCUGGCCUGGGAUGUGACGUUUCAUCACACGAUGGCCAAAAGAUACAUCUCAUUCACAUCGGUUGAGGCAGGUACCGCGCCAACAAAUUUCUAUACAGGCAAACAUCAUCUUAUUUACGUAACAUGUUGUUAG